AUGUUCUUAAUUAUCGGGGCUCUUCGCAAUUUCAAUGCCGGUAUGCAGAACCUGCGAGCCGGCAAAUGGAAGGGUUCCCCCGAGCCAAUUGCCCUUGGACACGAUCCGCAGGGGAAAGUACUCGGUAUUCUCGGCAUGGGAGGCAUUGGACGUAACCUCAAGAAGAAGGCUGAAGCCUUUGGAAUGAGCGUUAUUUACCAUAAUCGCAACCAACUGAGUGAAGAGUUAGCCGGGGGAGCAAAAUAUGUAUCCUUUGAUGAACUUCUUGCCCAAAGCGAUGUUUUAAGCUUGAACUUGCCCCUGAACCUAACCAUGCCCCCCUUGCAGAAAAACACAAGACACAUCAUCAGUUAUGCGGAAUUCAACAAGAUGAAGAAGGGCAUUAUUAUAGUGAACACUGCUCGCGGGCCGGUUCUUGACGAAGAAGCUCUUGUUAUGGCACUCGAAAGCGGAAGGGUAACCUCCGCAGGGCUCGAUGUUUUUGAAAACGAGCCAAAAAUCCACCCAGGAUUGCUCAGGAAUCCCAAUGUGAUCCUUGUUCCACAUAUGGGCACCUGGAGCGUUGAAGUAAGUUGCCUUUUGUUUGAAUGCUAG